GCUGAGCAAGUUUCCAAGAUGGCGGCCACAGGAGCCGGAUCUUUCUUCAGUAUCAAAUACCUCAGUCUUAUCAUAUUGACAUUACAGAAUGCUCUCAUAAUUUUGAUGCUGCGCUAUAGUAGGACAGUAUUUGGAGACUUGUACAUUUCCAGUACAGUAGUCGUAAUGACAGAGAUUGUAAAGUUAUUAGUUUCUCUCACUGUUUUACUAUGGGAGAAAAAACGUUUUGUGAUGUGGCUGCGGUGUAUUUAUUCAUCCACACUUGGUAAUCCAACAGACAUGUUUAAAAUGGCUGUUCCAGCCUUGAUCUACACUCUACAAAAUAACCUUCUUUAUGUGGCUAUAUCAAACCUUGAUGCUGCAACAUUUCAGGUGACAUACCAGCUAAAGAUUCUAACAACUGCUCUGAUGUCUGUCAUCUUGCUUAAGAAGCCCCUCAAUAAAAUACAGUGGCUGUCUCUUGUCUUAUUGUUCGUGGGUGUGUCUAUAGUCCAGCUACAACCCACAGAUUCUGGACAACCGAAAGCUUCAACUUCUCACAUAAAGCAAAAUCCUGUUCUUGGUGUCAUUGUUGUUAUUGCUUCUUCACUCUGUUCAGGAUUUGCAGGUGUUUAUUUUGAAAUGCAAUUAAAAGGCACCAACACAACCCUUUGGGUCCGUAAUCUCCAACUAUCCUUGUUUGGGUUUCUACUGGGUUUCAUUGGAGUUUUCUACAAUGAUGGAGCGGCAGUUGCUGAAAAAGGGUUCUUCUUCGGUUAUACACCUCUUGUCAAAUUCUGUAUAUGUUUCCAGGCUUUGGGUGGCUUGUUAGUAGGAAUAGUUGUCAAGUAUGCAGAUAAUAUUCUCAAAGGGUUCUCAGCUGCCAUUGCCAUUGUAAUAUCAUGUAUAGUCUCUGUUCACUUUUUUGAUUUUAAAGCAAGUGCAGAGUUUUUAUUAGGAGCAGGGCUUGUCAUCUUUGCCAUUUAUUUAUACAGUAUUGGACAGAGUACUAACAAAACACCUCAGAAAGGAGCCUCUUCUACAGAAGCUGCACCUGCUAAGAAUGACUACACUAGAAGGUGCGUGACAGACACUAAGAACGUUAGCGUUCUCAAGGUUUUUGAAUCGUUGGGCUGCCUGUGUUGUUGCCCAACCCAAACCAUUUCCAAGAUGGCGGCCGGAAAACAACAGAAAGAUGAAAAUGGCUAUUUUAGCAUCAAGUACCUCAGUCUUGUUGUCCUUACUCUACAAAAUGCAUCCUUAAUUCUGACAAUUCGCUACACUCGGACACUCCCCGGUGAUAUGUACAUUACGAGUACAGCAGUGGUGAUGGCAGAAUUCUUCAAAAUUGUAACAUGCUUGAUAAUCAUGUUUUAUCAAUUUGGAAGCUUUCAUGAAUGGAUCAAUCAUCUGUAUUCAUCAAUAAUAAAGAAUCCUGUUGAUACUUUGAAGCUGUCAGUACCUGCAUUGAUUUACACAAUUCAGAAUAAUCUACAGUAUGUCGCUAUAUCAAACCUUGAUGCUGCAACUUUUCAGGUGACUUACCAACUAAAGAUCUUAACAACAGCACUGUUUUCUGUUGUAAUGUUGAACAAGAGCCUAAACAAAUUACAGUGGCUGUCAUUGUUCAUGCUCUUUGGUGGGGUUUCGGUUGUUCAACUGCAGCCGACAUCUAAUGUGAAGCCCACAGCAACACCGGCAUCAACUAAUGUAACCCUAGCAACCAUGGCCACUGCAAAGCAGAAUCCUCUGAUUGGAUUGUUAGCUGUGGUGCUGUCAAGUCUAUGUUCUGGAUUUGCUGGGGUUUACUUUGAGAAGAUCCUCAAAGGUACCCAAGGAUCAGUAUGGCUCAGGAAUACACAGUUAGGAACAUAUGGGAUCAUAAUUGGACUAAUAGGCAUGCAAAUCAAUGAUGGAUCCAAGGUCUCUGAGAAAGGAUUCCUAUAUGGCUACACAACAUUGGUUUGGAUUGUAAUAUCCAUGCAAGCUUUUGGUGGCCUGCUAGUUGCAAUUGUCGUCAAAUAUGCCGACAACAUUCUCAAAGGAUUUGCUACCUCAUUUUCUAUCAUUCUCUCAUGUAUAGUAUCAGUAUACCUGUUCAAUUUUCACAUCAGCAUUCAAUUUGUUCUGGGGGCUGUUCUGGUUAUGUUUGCCAUUUAUUUAUACAGUUUACCUCCAAAAGCCACUUAUGGCCCUCUUCCAACAAGUGCUUCAAAAGUUUGAGCAAAGACAAUAUUUCACACCAAAGAUUGUGAUCCUUGGCAUAUUGUCAAUUAUAAACCUUAGGUUUUUCAGGUUUUAAACUAGCGUGUACUAGCGUGGACUGCGUCGGUGUUUCUGAAUAAAACAGUAGGAACUUGUAGAUAAAUUGGAUCAGCGUAAAAAGCUUUGUGAAACUGACGUUUCAUUUCCCACUUACUCCGAUGAAGGACUAACGUCCAAAACGUCAGUUUCACAAAGCUUUUUACGGUGAUCCAAUUUAUCUACAAGUUCCUACUGUUUUAUAAUGUAGUUAAGCAUGGAAUUUGAGGGUUUUUGGUGAUGCUUCCCACAGGUGUAGAACAAGAUGUCAUGUCAAGCUUGACAAUCACAUGCCAAAACCCUUCAAAACAAGGUUGCUAGAUCUUUAAUGUUAUUUUCCUAUCGAUAAUGCUGCUAUUUUGGUGUACAACUCUAUGCAUCUUGCAUUCAUAACAGUAUUCAUAUUUAAAAAUUUGUAUUUGUGUAUUGAUGUCCAAUAUUUAUACAAAAAAAAAAAAUAUUGUUAUGUACCAAGGGUUUUGCAUGACUUUGUAUGUCAUUGUGUUAAAGAACUAUUCUUGGUAUGUAAUACAUAUUAAUAUAGGAAAUGCUACCGUUUGAUAUGCACUAGUAGCAUGAAGGCACUUUCAUCAAAUGCAUGUGGUAUUUUUAUUUGAGAAGUAAAAAUAAAACAUCUACAAGAGAAAGAAUUGACACUGAGCCAACCAACCAAUCAGAAACAAGUUUUUUUUGUAGAUGUGACAACAAGGCUAACCCUGUGUUAAUGAGUCUGUAAUCAAGGAACACGGUUGUAUUUACAAAACUGGUAUUUUAUAUAUAUCUAUCGAUAAAUAUGUUUUAAUGAAGAAUACUUUCCACUGCACGUGUAAUAAAUCUUUAUUUCUAAAACAUUGCAAGCAUAAACCACAAGCUUAUACCAUCAUAGUACAUGAUGGUUAGAAAAAGAAUUAUAACGAAAACCUAAGCAUUGAUUUCCAUUUCAGAGCAAUUCUUACCUUGAGUAUUAUUUUUUUACUAGUAACAUUCAAGAAGACUGAACAAUCUUGUAAAGGCUUUGCACCAUCAUUUGAUCACAGCUAUGACUAGAAGCAGGAGCAAUUGAACCUGGUCUAAUAUAUGGUUUACAUGAGAACAAAAUUCAGAAUGAAUUCAGUUUCCCAACGGGAAAGGACUAUGGUUGUGCCAUCACAUAAUGGUGCAAAAUGUCUACCCUCAAGGGAAUGACAUACUAGAUGGAAAUCAAUCAUUAAGGUUAUUCCAUAAUUAAUAUACCCUGCGAGCAGAGAUUCCCUUUUCUAUCCCGCUAGGGAGAGAGGGGGGAUAGAAAAGGGAAUCUCUGCUCGCAGGGUAUAAUUAAUACCACAUAUGGCAAAAUUUACACUAAUUCCAUCAAAAAGUACACAUUAAAGUUAAAUAAUAAUUAGGCUUUAAAGAAAUACACCUCAAUAAAUUAAUUGUUUUUAAGUUAUCUUUCUUGUGCCUGAUGUAUGGCUGUUUAACUAAGUUAUAAACUUAGGUUAUGAAUCUUAAAUAAAUUGUAAAUGAAACAAACCUGGUGAACUAAAGAUGCAAUAUUUGCAGUCUGAAGUUAUUGUAUAAAAUACCGGCAGUUGACAUUAGUUUGGAUGGGGUGAAUUAAAUUGCAUUAGUUUUUUGUUGUGAUUAUUAUUUACGCUAGCUAAUAAUGAUUUACUAUCAAAA